UCUGCUUUAAAAACCUCUCUCUCUCUCUCUCUCUCGUCGCUGGCUCAUCGGACUUGUUUCGAUCUACUCCUGCAAAAUCCGAAAACAUGGCUCUACCUAAUCAGAAAAUCGUUGAUAAUGGUGGAGGCACAGGGACCGUAUUAGUGAAUAGUGAUAAGAAGAAACCUGCUCGUGGUGGUGGUGGUGGUAAGCGAAAGAGGAACACGAAGAAGGAAGCUGAGAAGAAAGAUGUGAAGAAACCCCGAGCGAUCAGAACCAGACCACAGCAAGAGACUGAGUACUUUGAGGACAAACGUAAUCUGGAAGAUUUGUGGAAGGCUGCAUUUCCAGUGGGAACUGAGUGGCAUAAGUUAGAUGCAGUUUAUAAUGAAUUCAAUUGGGAUUUCAAAACUCUUGAAGAAGCAUUUGAGGAAGGAGGAAUUCUCUAUGGCAAGAAAGUCUUUGUUUUUGGCAUUGCUGAACCUACCAUCGAAGGAUUAGUCCAUGUCCCAACAGUUGUUGCUGUUGAAUCACCAUUUCCGCCUUCUGAUAAGAUAGGAGUAAAAUCGGUUCAGAGAGUAGAGGAGGAAAUCGUUCCAAUGAAGCAGAUGAAAAUGGACUGGGUUCCUUACAUUCCUUUUGAGAAUAGAGGUAAACAAGUUGAUAGGAUGAACUUUCAAAUUUUUACCUUGGGCUGUACGCAGAGGAGAUCUGCUCUCAGACAUUUGAAGGAAGAUCGUAUCAAGAUGUUCGAGUAUUCCCUUCCUUAUUUUUAUAACCCGUUCGUGGAACAUGAACUUGAUCACAGUACUGAGGUCGACAUUGUGUUCCCCUCUGAACCGGCGCCACAUUUUUGUGUGUUUGACUGGAAGUAUGACAAACUUCAGGAAUUUGUUGAUGAUCUGAUUGAAGGGGAAUUAUUAGCUGCUGAGAAAAAGGAUGAAUUCAAAGAGUUUGUGAAAGAGCAAGUUCGAGCAGCAAAGAAAGCAAAUAGAGAGGCCAGAGAGGCUCGAGAGAAAGCAAUAGAGGAAAUGAGUGAAGAGACUAAGGAAGCCUUUCAAAGCAUCAAGUUCUACAAAUUCUACCCUCGCCCUUCACCCCAUGUCCCUAGAUUCGAGACGUCGUCUAUAAUUAACCGAUACUAUGGGAGAGCUCAUCAAGUCCUUUGAUAUGGAGUCUUCAGAACCAAGAAUAAUAGCUAAUAAUUAUUUUUUAGUUAAAAAAGUAAUGUUAUUGUUUUACUAUGAAUGAAUUUGUAUUGAAAUAAGAUCUUAAUGAGUCACUGUAGACACUCUAAUUUUAUGCCACCAUUAACAUUAGCAAGAAUUUGAAUU